AUGUUGGAAAUUUCGUGCAAUAAUAAUGGUCUUAGUGGGAUUGGGUACGUACCCAAUGGAGAUUAUGGGCAUGUCAACACAUAUAGAGUGAAUUACCGUGAUAACCAUCUGAAGAAGCUCAACAAUGGUGAUUUCACCAAAUAUGAUGGGAGCAUAAAUGACUUCAUUGCUGCGCAACCAACCUGUCAACUAAGAAUGCCACCUCAAUCGCAGUCAACCCCUGAAUGUAAAGUAGGAGACUGUUAUGCGACCAAUGGAGAAGGCUCCACAAGUAAGGUUCAGACUUCCGCUCCAUUCUACAAUUUAUCAAGUGGUCAAAAUGGUCUCGAAGAUCCUACCAUGACAUCUGAUGUAACAAAGACUUAUUUUCAGUGUCGCUCUGAUACAUUUGAAAAUUUGGAUGUACAAAUGCCUUUGCUUGAUUAUCUUGUCAGACACCAUGCUAUAAGUGGAGAGUCAAGUAUUAAAAUAAUACAAGCGGAUAAACACAAGCGUCCGUUUCUGUUAUUGAGAGCUAUUGGUCUUCCUAUUCAUAACGGAAGUUUUGCUAGCUCAAAAUCAGGUCUCGCAUCCUCACAUGCCCCACCACCGGGACUGGCACUUCUGCUCAAUGCCUUACGUCAGACAGGUCACCACGAAUUAGCUAGUUAUUUGGACUGCAGUCGACGGAUAAACCCAUCAUCCUCCUUAACAUCCGAUGGAAUGAGUCCUGGAUACUCCGACCUUUCAGGUAAGAGAAAACGUGGACAAAUCUCGUUAUGGGUUCAGCUAUUAGCAAUCAAAGUGUGCCCAGCAUUAUACAGUCAACUAACUGAACAAAAUCUUCACAACACUAUAAAUACUUCAAUGCUACUACAAGACAAUAACAGGACAUCUGAUUCCAGUAAUGAGGAUAAAUGGCAGCUAAAAAGCUCUUACAGAUUGCCAUCAUCAGCUGUAUGGAUAGACCAUACCAUAUGCAAACCAACUCCACAUAUCGAACAGCCGAAUUCAGAUUCUCUGCAAUCAACAGGAAAAGUUGUCAAAAAUGUUCAUAGUCAUUGGAGGAAACUUCUUUUGCCUUUGAUAUGUUGUUUUAAAGGACCAAAAAAAGUACAUGAAUCUUCACUGAAAAACCAGUCUCGAAAUAGUAUGGAUUGCUGUACAAACCCUAACCUGAUCAAUGAUGAAACACAGUGUAACAUAAGUUCCCAGCGCAAUUCUUUCAGAGAAAGUACUGAAAAUCCGGUUGUAAGUUGCACAAAUGACUUCAGAACCAGAACAGCAAGCCGAGCUAUAUUGGAUAGCAAAUCCCUACAGUUUUAUAACUCAGUUCUCGAAAACGACUCACCACUACACGAUGCAGUUGUCAAGUACUUAGAACAAUCAUCAGGUGUUUUGGUAUUAGAUUGCAAAUUAGGUCAUUUUUCUCGAAAACCCACCAAUACUGAUGCAAGCAUAGAAUCAGUAUCUGCACUAUGCAUUUUACUUGUUGCCACCCAAUCAGAAAUAAUUAAACGACUAUCUGAGAACUGUAAUUUGCACCCAUCUAUUAUUGAACCUUUAUCGAAUGAGACCGACAAACCUUUACAGUCUUGUGAACUUAAAACAGUUUCAGAUAAACGUAUGCUUACUUCUAAAUUAGCAGAUGACCUUGCCACAGUUCUAAUUCGUGCGGGUGCAUUGCAUCGAUUAGAACUACAAAAUUUGCGAUUACUAGUCACACUGGAUCCAAAAGAAGUGCAGGUAGCGAUCAAAGAACUGUUAGAUCUAGAAGAAUAA